CUUUCUCAUAAUUUCCUUCAUUCAUGGCUUUCCUUCAAUAUUAUCAGUUUCCAUUUCUUUUACUCUUCUUCUUUUUCUUCUCUUUUCCACUUUCUCAACCCAUGUCCAUUCAUGAUCUCCUCAAAUCCAAAGGCUUACCAGCUGGUCUUCUCCCAAAAGAAGUAAAAUCUUACAAUUUUUCAUCAAAUGGCCUUCUUGAAGUUUUCUUAAAUGGCCCUUGUUUGACAAAAUUUGAUACUAUGGCCUUUUAUGAAAGUUAUGUUAAAGCUAAUUUAACUUAUGGUUGUCUUACUGGAGUUCAUGGACUUUCACAAGAAGAGCUUUUUGUGUGGCUACCAGUUAAAGGAAUUAGUGUUGAUGAUCCAAAUUCUGGUCUUAUAAUUCUUGAUAUUGGUUUGGCUCAUAAACAACUUUCUCUUUCACUUUUUGAAGAUCCACCUCAUUGUAAACCACAUGGGAUUCUGAAAAAGAACACUGGGAAGACACAGAGAUUUGAAGCACAGGAUGGAAGAGAUUCCCUUUAAAUAUUAUCUUGUGAUCGCUUAUUAAUAGAUAACUUUAACUUUAAUGAUAAUAUAUUACUUAGUAUAAUGUAGUAAAUAUUAGGAUUAUUUCAUUGUAGGUUAAAAGUCUUUUAUUUGGAUUGAGGGAUUUUGGGAAUAUGAUCUCUUGCUUAUUGGAUAGAGAUAUGCUAAUUAAUCUUCUAACUUUU